GAACUUGGCAGUAUCUCAUUUGUCAUCAUUGUCCCAUAUACAAUAAUUUCACCGUCACAGAGUCACACAGUCACACGCAACUCACACUCUUAGUGAUCUAUGUAUAUUUCUUUCUUUCACCUAUGUCAUUGCUCUUUCUCACUUUCACCGGACUUUGGACGUCCUAUUCCUGAAUUAAUGCAGAUUGUUGAGCCUCUGAAUCCCUACAAACUCUACUCAUUAUAAGUAUGUCUACACCCUCUAUGGAUGUAUACCAGAAUGGUAACGGCUCUUGUUGUAGUAUGGCGGAAUUGGAAGAUAUUGAUUUCUUGAGGCCAAGAAAUUUGAACAUGGAGAGGAAGGGCUCACUUGGUGAGAGGUCCUUUAGUGAAGCUCAAAUUGGGUUCUCUCCUUAUCCCCCUUCUAGAGCUGAAUUUGAUGUAGUCCAUUCACCAGCAAAAUGGUCUGGAUUUACCACUCCAAGGUCACCUUUUGCGUCUGAUCCACAUCCGAUGAUUGCUGAGGCUUGGGAAGCGCUGAGACGUUCCUUGGUGCACUUUCGCGGCCGUCCUGUUGGAACAAUUGCUGCAUUAGAUAGUUCAGACGAAAAGCUUAAUUACGAUCAGGUGUUUGUCAGAGAUUUCGUUCCAAGUGCAUUGGCAUUUUUAAUGAACGGGGAACCUGAAAUAGUAAAAAAUUUCAUCUUGAAAACUCUUCGUCUUCAGUCGUGGGAGAAAAAGAUAGAUCGCUUCCAAUUAGGAGAGGGUGUAAUGCCAGCUAGUUUCAAAGUGCUCCAUGAUCCAGUCAGGAAUACAGAGACAUUAAUGGCAGAUUUUGGUGAGAGUGCGAUAGGAAGAGUGGCUCCUAUUGAUUCUGGAUUUUGGUGGAUUAUAUUACUUCGAGCAUAUACAAAAUCUACAGGGGAUACUUCCUUGUCUGAGAUGCCUGAAUGCCAGAAGGGCAUGCGCCUGAUACUUAGUUUAUGCCUUUCAGAGGGCUUUGACACAUUACCAACUCUUCUUUGUGCUGAUGGAUGCUGUAUGAUUGAUCGUAGAAUGGGUGUUUAUGGAUACCCAAUAGAGAUACAAGCACUAUUCUUUAUGGCCUUAAGAUGUGCACUUCUCUUACUCAAGCAUGACGCCGAAGGGAAGGAGUUCAUAGAACGAAUUGUAAAGAGACUGCACGCGCUGAGCUAUCACAUGAGAACCUACUUUUGGCUCGAUCUGAAACAGGUUAAUGACAUAUACAGAUACAAAACUGAAGAAUAUUCCCACACAGCAGUCAACAAGUUUAAUGUCAUCCCGGAUUCUCUUCCAGAAUGGGUUUUUGAUUUUAUGCCACUUCAUGGAGGUUAUUUCAUUGGAAAUGUUGGCCCUUCAAAUAUGGAUUUCCGAUGGUUCUGCUUGGGAAAUUGUAUUGCAAUUUUAUCUUGCUUAGCGACCCCUGAACAGGAAACUAAGAUCAUGGAUCUCAUCGAGUCACGUUGGGAUGAACUGGUUGGAGAAAUGCCUUUGAAAGUUUGUUAUCCAGCUAUAGAGGGUCAUGAUUGGCGGCUUGUAACAGGAUGUGAUCCAAAAAAUACUAGAUGGAGCUACCAUAACGGAGGUUCAUGGCCAGUACUUUUAUGGCUCCUCACAGCGGCUUGUAUCAAGACUGGACGCCCCCAGAUUGCAAGGCGUGCCAUUGAACUUGCUGAAAUAAGGUUGUCCAAGGAUGGGUGGCCUGAAUAUUACGAUGGAAAACUUGGCCGAUUCAUUGGGAAGCAAGCUCGGAAAUACCAAACAUGGUCAAUUGCUGGCUACUUGGUGGCAAAGAUGAUGCUUGAAGAUCCAUCCCAUGUGGGAAUGGUUGCACUUGAGGAAGACAAGCAGCUGAUGAAGCCUGUCUUGAAAAGAUCAAAUUCGUUUUGAUUGUUAUAUCGAAUUUCCUUCUUAGAUUUUAUUUAUCUCAUCACAUCCAAAAUGUGGAGGGAUAUGAAUGAAGCGCCUGCAUCAAGCAGAAAGAACAAAAGGAAAAGAAGAAAGCAGGAAAGGUCUUGUAGGGAAGUUACAAGUAAGAAUCUCGUAAAACGCCACCAGUUUGUCUUACUCUCUGAUUCUUUCCUGCACACCCUGUACUUCUUCCGUUCUUCCGGAACUUAAUUUAGCAUUAGGUUCAACAAUCUACUUCUGAUAUGAUUGCAGACGCUAAUUGAGAUGUAGCUCUUAACAUGGUUUACUUUGUCAGCACUAACUUAGACGUACUUACAUUUGCACAAGCUUAUUAUUUUCUUAACCAU